UUAUAAUGCUUAAUUUGAAUAAGAAAAAAAAUAAUUUUUUGACAGUACUGGAUCCACUGAUCUAUAUAUAUACUGAUGAUAUUAUUUAGUUUGUGUUUUAUAAACAUCUUGAGUUUGAAGCACAUGGAGGGAGUGUUUUAAAUUUGAUGAGAACAAGAUAACGAAAAAAAUAAAAGAAAAAAAUUAGUGCAGUCUUUUAAUAAAGUCAUUGAAUUUAAUAACUGAGUUAUGAAAAAAAUUAAAAUGUCAAGUAGAAGAGAAAUAAACAGGGAUUUUAUAAUUGACAAUGAUAAAAUUCAAAUGUCACAAAUAUCAUACAAGACAGAAGAAGAAGAUGAAGAAGACAAUUGGAAUGAAGCUAUUGAAUGUGGAAGUAUAUCAUCUGAAGAUUGUUCGGAUUUUACUGAAACAAAACAUUUGUUAAUGAGUCAACAAGAACCUUGGGACAAUGAACAAGUAACACAAGCAUUAAUAAAUCUUCCAGCUGGUGAAUCAGCAUUGUCUGUUUUAUCAGCAUUACAUGGUGAUAGUUUAGAAAAAGCAUUGAAUGAUUUAAAAAAUUCAACUGUUCAAGAAAUAAUUAUGAAAGAUAAAUCAAGUGUUAUUAAUUUUUCAAAUUGCUGCCACAAUGUUGAUAUUCAUGACAGUGAUGGUAAAAUUGUUGAUGAAUUGCUAGAACACGGUGCUGAUCCAAAUAAAUGGGAUUUAAGUAAAAAAUUUACACCGCUACAUUGUGCUGCAGCUGUUGGUAAAAACUCAUGUAUACGUUCAUUGAUAAAAUACGGUGCAAAUGUUAAUGCUGGACUAACUGGUAAAAGUCCACUUCAUUAUGCUGUACUAUGUAAUGCAUGUGAUUGUGUUGAAACACUGUUAAAAGCAAAAGCAUUACCAAAUAAUCCACAAGUUUAUACAGAGACACCAUUGCAUGUUGCUGCUAGUCUUGGUUCAAUUAAAAAUGUUGAAUUAUUAUUGGCAUAUGGUGCUGAUGUUAGAGUACAAUUUGGCUCAUCAAGAUCAACACCAUUACAUUUUGCUGCUGAAGAAGGAAGUGCUGAAUGUACAAAAUUAUUAUUAAAAUCUGGUGCUGAUUGUAAUGCUAAAAAUUCACGUGGACAAACAUCAUUACAUCUUGCAGCACUUGUACAAUCAUCAGAAACACUUGAGAUACUUAUUAAUGCUGGUGGUAAUGUUAAUGCUGAGGAUGACGAUGGUAGAACACCACUACAUACUGCUGUUGCUAAAAGUUUACGUGGCAGUGAAUUGGUAUCAAUGUUAAUUCAAUCUGGUUCACAUGUUAAUAAACCAGAUAAAUUUGGCUAUACACCACUUCAUAUUGCAGCCCUAAAUGAAAGCUCAAUGAUUGUUAUAUUAUUAUUGAUAAAAGGUGCUGAUGUUACAGCUAAAACAAAAGGUGGUAUAUCUGCAUUGAGUUUUAUAAUAAGACGUACACCAGAUGUCUUGCCACGUUUUGUAUCAAGAAUGGAUCAAGCAAUAUCAGUACAUGAUCAUGAACUUGGUGAUGUUGAUUGUGAACUUAGACUUGAUUUUCGUCCACUUGUACCUGGUGGACGUGGUGAAACUGACUUGAUGCUUUGUCUUGUUGAUGUUGGACAAAAACACAUAUUAAAACAUCCAUUAUGUGAAAGUUUUUUAUACUUAAAAUGGUUAAGAAUACGUAAAUUUUUUUUAUUCAGUUUAAUAUUUCAUUUGGUGUUUGCAAUAUUAUUUACAGCAUUUGUAACAGUUACAUUUUUAUAUAAUUUUAGUGAUACUGUUGUUUAUAUAUUAUUUUGGCCAGUAUUAUUAUUUACAUUUAUACUUGCAUGUAAAGAAAUAUUUCAACUGGCACAUGGUAUUUAUAUUUAUGCAAAACAAUUUGAUAAUUGGAUACAAUGGAGUGUUAUAAUUGGUUCUGGUGUUGUAUUAAUAAUACCAUCUGGUGAUGUACAACAUCAUGCUGCUGGUAUAGCAAUAUUACUUGUUUGGAUUGAGUUAAUGUUGGUUGUUGGUAGAUUUCCAAUGUUUGGCCUGUACGUACAAAUGUUUACCCAAGUGUCAAUUAAUUUUUUUAAAUUUCUCGGUGCAUAUUUAUGUUUACUCAUUGGUUUUUCAUUGAGUUUUUGUGUACUACAUAAUAAAUAUAAAUCAUUUGUUAAUCCAGUUAUGGGAUUUUUAAAAACAAUUAUAAUGAUGUCAGGUGAAUUGGAAUUUGAAGAUGUUUUUUUUGAUGAUGAUAAACCAAUUUUAUAUUCAAUAACAGCACAUUUAAUAUUACUUGGUUUUGUUGUACUUGUUACAAUAAUAUUGACAAAUUUAAUGGUUGGUUUAGCUGUAUCUGAUAUACAAGAAUUACGUAGAUGUGCUGGUCUUGAUAGACUUGUACGUAGAGCACAACUAGUAUCACAUCUUGAAAGUAUGUUAUUUUCAAAGCUACUUGAUCAUUGUCCAAAAAAAGUUGUACGUGCAUUUAGAAAAGAGGCAUUAUUACUUCAUCCACCACAUCAUUGUGCAAUUCAUAUAAGACCAAAUGAUCCUCGAGAGAAUCGUCUACCAAAAGAUCUUGUAAAAGCUAUAUUUCGUCUUGUUUCUGAACGUAAAAUAAGAACUAAAAAUAUUGAUUAUAUUAAUUUUUCAUCUAAAAAAUCAAUAAAUACUGUUGAUAAUCGUCAAUUUAGUAGAUUAUGUAGUGCAACAUCAGUUAGCGAUGAUAAUCGUCAACAAUUAACUGAUUUAUCUGCUGAUUUAAAACGUUGUUCACAAAAUAUUAAUAUUCGUCUUGAUACAUUGACCAAAAAAAUUGAAGAUAUGGCUAGAGAUUUUGAUUUACAAAAUGAAUUUUAA